GAAACUAAAUUCAAGUGAAAUGGAAUAAGAAAACAGCUGUCGAAUAAUUUUUUGUUUGUUGCGCAAUAAAAUAAUCAUCAAUCUCAAGCAAAACAAUCACAGUAACAUCUGGAAAAAUCUGCUUUAAAUCAUCUAGUUCUACCCACAAUGGCUACAAAUCACUUCAUGGACAAAUUGCGCAUCUUUUUGGGAAUAAGACAAGAACCGCCUCGAAAUGAUUUUCGAAAUCCGAUUUGGAGUUCUGACGAUGAAGAUGACGGUGAUGAACUUUACACCAGACAACCGAUGGAUGUGCCAGAUAUGCCCGACUACAACCACGCCUUAGAUAUUCAGCAAGAAUUUGCCCAACAGAUGCACGACAUGUUUAAAUCUUUCGGCAACAUAUUCGGAGAUUUUAAAGCACUUAUACAUGACAGUCCCUUUGAUUCGUUUAGCAACGCUGCACCGAUGCCCCCAGAGUUUGGUCAGCCGGAGCACUUCACCGGAGGUAACAUCAGAGACUAUUACCUGAAACCUGGUUACCACAGCCGCACGCAGGAACACGUCAAAGGAGACAUUGACUUGGAUGGAAAAAUUACUUCCAAUGAAAUCUCUGGGUUACUCAAAAAGAAGAAAGAUUCACAGCUUACAACGCCUCUGGCGCCUUUUAACGGAAACCUGGUGCCUGGCCGGUCAUUCUGUCAAACCAUAAUCACCACCAGUGUUACAAAGCCCGAUGGAUCUGUGGAAACUAGGCGGAUAGUGAAGAACGGCAAUGAGGUGAUUGAAGAGACAGUGACCUCUACAUCGACUGGGACUGACACCAGAAUGCCUCGCUUACCAGCAACUGAUAAAUUGAAAUUGAUAACAUGAUAACUUCAUAGUACUUGCAUAUGACAUGACAAACAUGUGCUAAUGUCAUAUUAUAGCCAAACAUAGAAUAUGCUCAAUGUACUUACAACCAGUUGCAACAAUAUUUAUUCAAAUUUUCAUAGGCUUUUCCUUGUGGACCUGGACUUACUGUUUCAAUAUCUCUAAGUAUUAUAUGAUGUAUCCGGGGUAGACUAGAAUUCAUAUAUAUUUUAAUAAUAUUAAUUAAAUAGAUGUAACUUAUUUUGGAAUUUUGUCAUAAUACCUACUUAAAUAUAUUUAACAUUAAAAUUA